CCGGUCAGCUGCUGUUGUUCAUCUUCGGACGAUGCAGUUAAUGUAUCGCACGAAUUUCGACGCACGAAUUUCGCUGGUCCUCGAUAACACGAAACCGAGGACAGUGCGAGAAAAUUCGACAGUGAAUGGUGAUCAAGAAUCGUCUGCCUCUGACAAGAAAAAACAUGACCUCCUCACCCUCGUCCAGCACCAGUUCCGCGUACGCCAGUACUGACGAUAUCCGUCAGUACUAUGGCAACGAUAAACGAAAUUUCUUCGAUUCGGAUGACAUCGGAACCGCUCGGCUAUUGCGUUCUUACUCGCCUCAUCGCAACAAAGCGAGAGGAUUCAUUCCGAGACUGCGAAUCGACAAAUCCUACAUUAACACCAAAAGACUUGUAAUAGCCGCGGUAAUAUUGACCUCGAUAAUUCUUGUGAUAAUAUCGAUCUGUAGCAUCUAUGGAGUUAGCGCGGACAUAGAAAUUGAAGAGAAUGAAGAAGUACCGCCUGAUCCAGAAACAGUAUUGCCUCCGUCAGCUAGUAAAUUGAGAGUUUUUAAACAUGCUGCUGUUUGCGCGGACGGUGCACCAUGUGCAGUUGUUGGCAAAUCAAUGUUAGAGAAAAAUGGUUCGGCUGUGGACGCUGCCAUAGCCGCGAUGAUUUGCAAUGGUCUCGUGAAUAUGCAAAGCAUGGGCAUUGGGGGUGGAUUUUUUAUGACAAUUUAUGACAAAUCGAGUAAACGUGCGUACACAUUAACCGCAAGAGAUCGUGCUCCAUUAGCAUCCAAUGCUACGAUGUAUGAUGGACUGCCCAAGGAAGCAUCAUUUAUCGGUCCGUUGGCCAUCGCUGUUCCUGGGGAAUUGGCAGGGUACUGGGAGGCUCAUAAACGUUUCGGUAAAUUACCAUGGGCUGAUGUAUUCAAACCUUCCAUUGAAUUAUGCGAGGAAGGAUACAAUUUAACAAAAAUCCAACACGACGGAUUCAGAUAUAACUCAAAGAAUAUUUAUAAGGAUCGUGUAUUGAAAGAACUAUUCGUAGAUCCAGAAACGAAUGAUUUCUAUAAGCCGGGUACGAUUAUUAAGCCAAAAGUACUUUGCAAGACUCUACGUAUUAUUGCGGAGAAAGGGGUCUCAGAAUUUUAUAAUGGAACUUUAGGCGAAACUUUAGUGCAAGAUAUACAGGAAAAAGGAGGGAUAAUAACUAUGAAAGAUUUGAAUAGUUAUAGAGCCACGUGGGACGAACCCCUUCAAUCGAAUCUCAGCAAUGGAAUGAAACUUUUUACGAUCGGCUUGCCCGCGAGUGGAGCACUUCUCACAUACAUUUUAAAUAUCAUGGACGAGUUUAACUUUACGCCUGACAGUAUAGCUGAUUUCAACCGAACCACUCUCACAUAUCAACGAAUGAUAGAGACGUUUAAAUUCGCGUACGCAUUGAGGAACGAUAUGGCUGACAAAGAGUUCGUCGAUAUGAAGGAAUUAACGGAGAGUCUAACAUCGAGGAGUCAUGCGCAGAAAACGCGAAUGAAGAUAGACGAUCACAAAACGUGGGACGAUCCGACGCACUAUGGAGCAUCCACGUUGAGCAGCGCGAAAGAUCAAGGAACUGCACAUGUUUCAGUAUUAGCGCCAAAUGGAGACGCAGUAUCAGCUACUAGUACUAUCAAUUUCUAUUUUGGAAGCGGAGUGGUCAGCGAAAACACCGGAAUACUAUUGAACAAUGCGAUGAACGAUUUUGGUAUACCAUCAACAAUUAGUUUUUUCGGAAUUCCGCCAAGUCCAAACAAUUACAUCGCUCCUGGAAAAAGGCCUUUGUCGUCGAUGGUACCCUCGAUCCUGAUCGACUCAAAUAACGAAGUAAAAAUGGUUGUCGGUGCUUCUGGUGGUACUAAGAUCACCACGACAGUUUCUCAGAUAAUGGCGAAGAUCAUUUGGAUGGGUCAAACGGUGAAGGAAGCUGUGGACGCUCCCAGAAUACAUCAUCAACUGUUUCCAGCGGGGAUGUCUUACGAGUACGGCGUACCAAAGCAGGUGAUCGAUGGACUGAAGAAGAUCGGCCACAAAACGGCUCGUUACAGAGUUCGUGGCAGCGUAGCCUGCGUUAUUUUCGUCAAGAACGAAACAGUACACGCGAACGCGGACUUCCGGAAAGGGGGAGACGUGUAUGGACUUGAUUAAACUCCAUUCAAAUGAAUGAUUAUCAA